CCGACGCACACGCCUGGCCCGAAGUUAUCUUCCGGUCUGUGCUGUUUGUUGUUCCAUCUGGCUUAGCUAUGGCAUCAGCUACGAUCCCUAUCAAGUGCGAUUCACAGUGAAGAAGGCAAGAAUGGAGGGCGCACAAGUGGCCAAAUUGGAUGGGAACUCCUUGCUAAAGGCCGUCUACCAAAGCAGGUUGCGUCUCACACGUCUGCUUCUAGAAGGUGGAGCUUACGUCAACGAGAGCAAUGAACGUGGGGAAACGCCCCUGAUGGUCGCCUGUCAGAACAGACCCGCAGACCCCCAAAGUGUUUCGAAGGCUAAGAUGGUAGGAUAUCUGCUUGAGAGUGGGGCUGACCCAAACAUCCAGGACAAGAGCGGGAAGACGGCUCUUAUGCACGCUUGUUUGGAACAAGCCGGAGCUGAAGUGGUGUCGCUGCUCUUGGGUAACGGGGCUGACCCUUGUCUUGAGGAACAUACGGGUUCGUCGGCUCUGAUUUACGCCAUCAAUGCCAGUGAUGAAGAGACUCUUAAAAUGUUGAUUGACGCCUGUAAAGCCAGAGGAAAAGAAGUUAUCAUCAUUACCCCUGACAAACUAGCAUGCGCAAGGCAAAUCACAAAACAGUAUCUUUCGAUUCCUCCGACUGCACCAGGGGAUGAAUGGGACAAGAUGCAUCCCACCCUAGCUCCAUGUGCUUCUCCUUCUGAUAUUUACCUAAGUACGUCACCACAGGGGACCCUUUCCUCCAACACAUCAGAGCAUAUGUUUUCCUUCCAGGACCUCCAAAGCAUGGCAAGCUCCCAGCCGACUUCUCCCUCCCACCAACCGUCCCUGGUGAACAGAAGAGUGGACAAGCUCCAUCAUCUUCAAAGACUACACUCCGAGCCCUGGCUGAAGAUUCCACCAUCUUUCCUCGCCCAACAGCAUGCCAAAGGUACGACUCCAACUGAGGAACUCCCUGACAUCACUCCAGAGGAUGAGAUGACUUUCAGAAUGAACAGAAUGGCUUUCGGCAACUGUCCACUUUCACGUCAUUGCAGUGUUGAUCUAAAAGAAUCCAACUCUUUGAGUCAAACUAACAACGGCGAGGGGCUCAGACCUGCAGGAGGACUGUGCCGAAACAUGUCCUUUGAUAGCUUAUCAUCGCUGCACUCUCUGUCCAAUCCCAAUCUUCACUACAAAAGUAAUGCAGGAAAAAAUCAGGACAAAGCUCUGCCGCAUUUGGCAGUCUCCAGUCUCCGUAACAUCAUCCAGAGAAAGAAACUAGGAGUGGACCACUACAGCUCAGAUUCCCAGCUUGCCCUGACCCUUGCCACCUGCCCAGAAGAUCGUAAAGGACACCAGGAAAAGAGAAAGCUUGUUAAGUCACAGUCUCCUAUGUUGGUAGGCUCAAGAGAAUCUCUUGAAAGUGUCACAAUGCCUUGUCUGCACAAGAGGAACCCAAUCGGCUUUGAGCGGCGAAGCUCUGGGCCACUACUAUUGGAUCCCAUCUCGCAUCCUCGCGUCGGCUUCCUUCCACCGUUGAACCAGCAUGCUCCAAUCCCAAACAUUACUGGGACCAGCAAUUCGAGCAGCAUUGGCGCCAGCAACAAAGUGCCUGCGGACAAACUCAUUUUUCCAUCUGCUCCGACAGGUUUUCCCAAGGAUCCCAAGACCAAGAGGCUACUGAUGCGGAGACACUCCAUGCAAACUGAGCAGCUCAAAAGGCUUGGUGAAUUCAAUGAAAUUUUUGGUCACUAAAUGCUAUGGCAAACAAUUCAACCACCUUGCUCUUCAACCAAGACACGAAACAUUUGAAUGAAGUCUAUAUUGAAAAUAAACGGUUCUUCUGGUGGUUGACCUAUUAAGAAACUUUAAAGGUACUAUGAAAAGUAAUACAUGAUUUAGGGUAAAAAAAAUACAAAUGCUUUUGUGUUGUGCUUGAUGCUCAUAAUCUACGUAAAAAACAUUACUACUCAAAAUGUCAUCUUCAUGGGUACACCAACCUAAAGGAAAAUGAUAUUUAUUGAACAGUUUUGGUAAUUAUUAAAUGCUACAUUUGUUACAGUGAUGAUCACAACCAUUUGGUUGUUUGGAUGUCAUUGGACCUCAAUGGCGAGUCUAAUAACGGCAGUAAAAGAGAGAUUGAUGUCAACUUUACAGUGACUUCCAUAGACUCUGUCUAAGAAAUCCCACUUGCACUACUUUUUUUGUAAUUUGAUGCAAAGGUAAUAUAAUACAAAGUAUAGAGUUAUAAAUGUACAUAUAUUUUUUAAAAUGAAAAUGUAAAAAACUUUGGAGGAU